CCAGCGAAGCCGCGCUCCAGACCUUGUGGCGCAUCCCAGGAGGGCCGCCGGGAGGAGGGUCACUGCUCCAUCCCCGGGCGCAAUCCCGGAGGGCGGCUGGGAGGAAGAGGGCGGCAAUGCGCGCCUUGGCCACGUCCGGGCCCAACGCGUCCUGGUGGGCGCUGGCCAACGCAUCCGGCUGUCCCGGCUGUGGCGCCAACGACUCGGACGGCCCGGCCCCGGCGCCGUGGCCCGUGGACGCCUGGCUAGUGCCGCUCUUCUUUGGCGCGCUGAUGCUGCUGGGCCUGGCAGGGAACUCGCUUGUCAUCUUCGUCAUCUGCCGCCAGAAGCAGAUGCGGACGGUGACCAACUUCUACAUCGCCAACCUGGCGGUCACAGACUUGACGUUCCUGCUGUGCUGCGUGCCCUUCACCGCUCUGCUCUACCCGCUGCCUGCCUGGGUGCUGGGCGACUUCAUGUGCAAAUUCCUCAACUACAUCCAGCAGGUCUCGGUGCAGGCCACGUGCGCCACCCUGACCGCCAUGAGCGUGGACCGCUGGUACGUGACUGUGUUCCCGCUGCGCGCCUUGCACCGCCGCACGCCCCGCCUGGCGCUGGCUGUCAGCCUCAGCAUCUGGGCGGGCUCCGCGACCGUGUCCGCGCCGGUUCUCGCCCUACAUCGCCUCUCGCCCGGACCGCGCACCUACUGCAGCGAGGCCUUCCCCAGCCGCUCCUUCGAGCGCGCCUUCGCGCUCUACAACCUGCUGGCGCUCUACCUGCUGCCGCUGGUCGCCACCUGCGCCUGCUACGGGGCCAUGCUGCGCCACCUGGGCCGGUCCGCCGUGCGCCCCGCGCCCGGCGACAGCGCCCUGCAGGGGCAGCUGCUGGCGGAGCGAGCGGGCGCUGUGCGGGCCAAGGUCUCGCGGCUGGUGGCGGCCGUGGUCUUGCUCUUCGCCGCCUGCUGGGGCCCCAUCCAGCUGUUCCUGGUGCUGCAGGCGCUGGGCCCGGCGGGCGCCUGGCAUCCGCGCAGCUACGCAGCGUACGCGCUCAAGAUCUGGGCGCACUGCAUGUCCUACAGCAACUCGGCGCUGAACCCCCUGCUCUACGCCUUCCUGGGCUCCCACUUCCGUCAGGCCUUCCGCCGCGUCUGCCCCUGCGCUCCACGGCGGCCCCGCCGGUCGGAACCCUCGGACCCGGCCGCCCCCCAAACGGAGCUGCACCGCCUGACCGCCCACCAGGCCCCCGCCAGGACCCCGAAGCCAGGCAGCGGUGGGCUGGGGCCGCGCAGGCUUUGUGUCCUGAGGGAGCACGCUGCCCCCCUCUGAGCCCUCUCUGGGGGAAUCAAGAU